GUCUAAAAUACCAAAGCAAUUUGUUGAAAUGAUUUGGUUGUUAUUUUUUAGCAAAAGUUAUUUUAAAUGGUUUUAAAUAUACGUUUAAAGUCUUACAUUUACUGACAUGAAUUUUUUAAAGGCUGCAUAACUUUUGAUAUAUGCAAAUACCUGUGAAAAUGACUGAAGUUGGUAUAGUAAACUUAGAAAAGGAGGAUAAGUAUUUAGAAAAUAAUGGUGGUAUUGUAAAUAUAAAGAAUGAAGAGGCAGUAACAAUAAAGCGAGAGCCUGUUGAGUGUGGUUUAUGUUUAGAAAGAAGUGUAGACCACACGGACAUUAACACGAAGACCAACGCCGGGACUUCAUUACAUGUUUAUCUUUCUAAAUAUACCUCGGUGGAUCUCACCAGCUCAGAAACUGUCUCCAAAGCAAUAUGUAAAAACUGUUACGAAUUGAUAAACAUCCUCGAGCAGACGGAAUCAGAGUAUUUGAAGCUUAAAGAAAAUUUUGAAUCUAUAAUUAGUAAAAAUCCCUUGUUUGUGGUACAAGUGACUAAUGUAGAGUUUGUUAAGAAUGAAUCGUCCGAAAAAGCUCACAAUAAUGUGAAUAAUUCAGAUUCAGAAGAUGAGCCACUAUCAUUAACAAAGAGAAAACGCAACCAGAAAUGUGUUUCUAGAAAAAACUAUGUCGCAGAGACCAACAAAAGAAAAACUAAACAAAAAAUUAAUAAAGACAGCUGGAACUGCAAAGAAUGCAAUGAGCGGGGAGAAAAGGGGGGCCAACAGGCUCUUAUCUCGCACAUGUUGCUCAACCACAUUCAGCUUGCUCCCAUACAUGUGGACGUCAUCAAGAAAGAAGAUGAGAAAACAGAAAGUCCAGAACAUAGUACAUUUGAAGAUGUAUUCAAGGUUGAAAUAGAAGGAUUUGAUGAUGAUGAUUACAUACCGGAAGAGGAUAUAGAGGACAGCAAGUGUAAGACUAAGCAGAGAGGCAGGAAAAAGGGGCCUCUGACGGGCCGCAAACGUCAACCCAAGGAUCAGUGCUAUGCUUGCGAUAAGUGUGACGCUAAAUACACAUCUAUGGUGCGGCUGGCGCACCACAAGCAGAAGCACGAGGACGACUCCAAGCCGCCCUACAUCUGCGAGGUGUGCGGCGCGCACUACAAGCACAAGCGCGCCUGUGACAUACACGUCGCGCUGCAUAAAGGAAUAAGCGACUGGAAGUGCGAAGAGUGCAAUAAACUGUUUCCGUCGAAGGGAGCCUUGCAGAGGCACAACAAUAUCCACACCGGCAAGCUUAACUAUCAGUGCGACCUGUGCGGCAAGUCGUUCAUCCACACGUCGUCGUUCAAGAUGCACAAGCUGUCGCACUCGGGCGUGAAGCCGCACUCGUGCGACGUGUGCGGGCUGGCGCUCAUGACGCGCUCGCACCUCAAGCGGCACAAGCGCGUGCACAGCGGCGAGAAGCGCCACGAGUGCGCCGUCUGCGGCAAGCGCUUCUCCGAGAGGUACAACCUGUUGGCGCACAGCAAGUCGCACGCGGGCGGCGCGGCGGGCGCGGGGGCGGGGGCGGGCGGCGCGGGCCCGGGGGCGGGGGCGGGGGCGGGGGACGCGCCCGAGCGCCGCAGGAUGUUCCGCUGCACCUUCUGCCAGGAGCGCUUCGAGAGGAGGUACAUGCUGGAGCGGCACGUGUCGUGCGCGCACGGGCGCUCGCUGGAGCGGCCGCCGCCCACGCCGCGCAACACCAUGAGCAAACUGCUCAAGGCGCAGGCGCAGCGCCGCGCCGCGCACGCCGCGCACUCCGCGCACGCUGCGCACGCCGCACACGCCAGGGACAAUUCAGACACCAAGGACUCACGAAGCCCCGAGACUAGGACAUCACCUGUCACCGUUCAGAAGCUAGUGUCACAUAUAUCGACAUCAACGGAUCCAAUCAAUGCUUGGACCAACGUGUAUACGGCAGAGUUCGCGCUGCGGCAAGAGUACUCGCAGUAGCUCCACACGGCACCACCGACACAUGAACCUUUCACAUAUUAUGGAGCUAUGAUUAAGAGGGU